CUCCUGAGCUCUCGCCGCGUGCACGUCGCGGAGCAGGCAUGCGGCUCUACCGGAAGUGGUCAUAACUAUAUUGAGGACAGCCGGUAGAGUCACAACAAAGGGCGAGGGCAGUGGCCCUAAGAAGGAUUGUUUUACCACCUCUUUGUAUUGUCAUCUUCCACGCUGAACGCUGAAAUUGGUACUCCGCAAGGAUUACGAGGGACAGCAUGACAAGACGCCCGCUGACGCUCUAGGAUGGACAGUGAAGGCGCGAAUACUCUCGCUCAUAUGGGACUCCCGGCAGCGAGUAUAAAUAAAACUACAUAUCAUCAUCUUCCUUUGCACUUGUAAUCAUGAGUUCAAACGUGCUUUGUUUACACUGUUCGCGUCUUGCUGCAAAUCAUCAUCAAGCAAUUGAUUGUGAUUCUUGCGGAGGAUGGCAACAUCAUGCUUGUAACACUGGAUGGCACCGCAGAUUGAAUUACAUUACCAAUGGACCACCUCCCUUCUACAUCCUAGUUGAAAAACUACAUGAAGAGUCACAGCGCCUAAGUCUGCAGAUGAAGCUAGUGUCAGAAAGUAAGCUGAAAAAAGCUCAGAGGAAACAAGUGAGGUCUAUGCAGACAAAGAUUUUUAAUAUGUGGGAGCAAUAUGAAUCGGACUCCUUGACAACAUCUAAACUGUUAAAGAAACUUUCACGUGUUUAUGCACCAGUGUUUGAAUAAUUCAGAUGAUUAGACAUUUCAUG